UGCGCAUAGUAUUUUCUCAGCCGUGCCGCCGGGGGCGGGUUGGAGUGUACCUUGCUUUAAACCUCGUCCUCGCCGACGCCGUCCCACCCAUGCCCACACGACCCACGACGACGACGACGACGACGCCGACCUCAGCCAGCUGAAUGUUCCGCUUCCCAGGCCAUGGGAGGCCGCUCUCGCUCAACGUAAAGCCGGCACUCGCAGCCACCUUCCGCUUCCUUCUCCGCCUCGUCCGCGUGCCCUUCGUCCUCCCAACCAUCACCUUCUACAUCCUUUUCCACGUCGCAGAGACCUAUUGGUGUGCCCUUUAUGAUUGGGAUGGUCUCUGGCAACCCGCGUUCCCAUAUUCAUGGAUCGUGUGGGCCCUCUUCCUGGUCGCCGCACCCUUGAACGCCGCGCUUUGGUUGGGAGGGUUGCUGUCUUGGAGGGCAGCGUGUUGGGGGGUGGGCUAUAUGAAGGCGCGUCGGUCCGUUCACCUCGCGCAAAACGGCAGCCCAGUCCUGCGAGCAAGCGAAGACGAAUACUUGUUGAUCUCCGACACUGAAUCCGCACAUCCAGGACACGAGCGGCAGCCGUCGAGCCCAACAACGUCAUACGGCCGACGCAGAAAUCUUCGCCUUCCAGCGGUCUGGUGGUGGGCGCAGGUUGCCCUCUAUGCCUCAAUCGCGCUUGCAGGUGCUUGGCAGGCGAUCCACUACGCCCACCCGAACGACGUUCGGUUCCGACAUGCAGUCGAGCGUGCUUCGCGAGCUCCUACGCCUGAAGGCUACGGGAAGGGUGAAAAGAUCUUCAUCGCUGCUGCGUUCUACAACAACCAUGUCGUGCUCCCCUACUGGAAACAGUCCAUGCUGUCGGCCAUCGCCUACCUAGGGCCCGAGAACGUCUUCGUCUCCAUCGUCGAGUCGCACUCGUCCGACGACACGCCCGAGCUCUUACGUGAUUUCGACGCCUCUCUCGCGAAGAUGCACGUUCCGCGCCGCAUCAUCAUUCAGGACGCCGCAAUCGAGAAGCCGGAGGACCUCUCGUUCGAUCGCCGUAUUGAGUUCCUUGCAGCAGUGCGCAACCGCGCAAUGGAGCCGCUUGUGGAGCACGGAGGAUACGAUAAAGUUCUCUUCUCGAACGACGUCUUUAUCGAGCCGGAGAGCAUCGUCGAGUUGAUCGAGACGGCGGACGGGGAGUACGACUUUGCGUGUGCGAUGGACUUCAACCACUUCGGCGCAUACGAUUCUUGGGUGCUGCGUGACAGGCUUGGUCACCUUACCAGUACGAUCUGGCCAUAUUUUAUCGACAAGCCCUCCAUCGAACUCAUGCGACAAGACGCGCCCGUGCCCGCGUUCACCUGCUGGAACGGCAUGGUCGUCUUCACCGCCGAGCCACUCUUGCCCAUCCACCUCCGCCCGAACCGCACGCUCUCGCCAGAUCCAUUACCCUGGCCGCUCCCGCGCUCGCACCCGUUGCAGCGCGGGCCGUCGCCCGCGCUCACGCCCGCGUUGCGCUUCCGCAAGUCCGACCGCGCCGCGGGCGAGUGCUUCGAGUCCGAGUCGUUCAACCUCCCGUACGACUUCCGCCGCGUGUUCGGCCUCAACCGCGUGCUCGUCAACCCACGCGUCGUCACCAGCUACGACUGGCGGUUCUAUGUGUGGUUCAAGUGGGUGCUGAGCCACCGACUCGUGCGCUGGUGGGUGCGUGACGUGUAUGAUGGGUGGGGGAUGGAGCGCAAGAAGAUGAUCGUCGGAGUGGAGGAGCGGGUGUGGGUGUGGGAUGGGGGCGACUGUCAUCCGUGGUGGUAGGCGGGUUGACGGACUGUACGCUUGUGAUGGCGGUGGGGUUCCUUUUCCUGGGGCUUGUAUAGGCUAGAGCACUUCGUACGUUCGUAAGCAUACCGUUCAGAUAUUGUGUUUCUAUUACGUAGUUACUUAUGUGCGCUGAUGUCUUGUCACUGUGGCAGUCGAAUUCUUGAAGCUGUACUGCGCUGUCGUGUAUACACGGAACCAUGCUCUGUAUUCAGCAUUCUUACGGCUGGCGCAGCCUAUUAGGGAAUCAUAACGACAUGGACUUCAAGGACUCGAUAUCCAUGUAUGUACUACGUCGAACGAACGGCCUGAGACGG